AUGCUGCGCCACGUGCUGUGCGUGUUAGCCCUCGCGCUGUGCUGCUGCACGUCUGUGUGCGUGGCAGUAAGUGACGUACCUAGGCCCACAGUUGUACUGGGAGUUUCGAAUGAUGAUGCCGAGAUAUCGCUGACGGAGACAGUUGAUGCCAGCAGCUGCACAGAAGCGUUAAAUUCAGCCUCUGGGGAGCCCAGGACGGUUACCAUUUCCACAGCACCCACUUUGACGAAGCGGAGUGGGUCAGGUACAUUUCCACGGCAGACGGAAUCAGAGAGGGUUAUCACCGUUCCAGAUGGGUACAAGUUAACGCUGAAGAGCUCACUGGUUCUUGAAUGUACGAGAAAAGGUGAAGCGGCGUCUGCGGCCACUGACAAAACGUGUACCUUCAGCGAGAGCGCCACAGGUGCCGACUACAUCAAGUAUGAUGUCACUGUGGAGACCACUGCAACUGCUGACAAGAUCAAAAAUACCAUCGGAAAAGAAGAACGUAAAGUGAGUGUCCCAGCUACGUACAAUGUGAAAGCUGUCGGGACGGUUGUUGUCACAUGCAUUCCUCCGACUCCAGCCCGGCCAUCUCUCUCCCCCGCAAAGUCCCCUGCUCCUCGCGGAGAACUGGAGGUAUUGACUACGAAUAGGGACCAUGAGAAAGUGUCUUCCUCCCGGGGCUCUCAGCUUGACGGAAACACUAACAAUGGAGCGAACGGGAACACGGCCACUCAGGGAGCCGGGUCAUCUGAGAAGCCUGAGGCCACUGCCGACGUUUUCGCUCCAACUUCGAGCGAGAAGGACGACAAAGAAACAGACAACUCCGUCACAGUGGGUGACGCCGAUCACGCUACACCUCAAUCAGAGACCACCACCGAAGGGGCUACCAACACUGAUGCCGGUACGUCCAUCUCUGCGGAAGAGGACAUGAAGCUUCCUGACCACAACACCGACGCCAGCAGCAGCACUGCGUGGGUGCGUGCCCCACUGUUGUUGCUGCUGGCCUGCGUGGCCGUGUGGUAA